AUGGGGGGACGAUACACAUACGGAUAUGAAGCUUGGCCGAAGUUUGACCCGAAAGUUCAUCCACAGGAGCUGAAAGUAAGUUUGGAUGGCGUCGAUUGUUGUAAAGGUGUCUUCAAGCCUUACAUUCGACUUGGCACUGAAGUCAAUUGCAUGGACUGUAUUACAUCUAAACAUUGCCCGGUCUCCAAGAAACAAAAGUACAUAGCCAUCGGAAUCUACAUAUCUGAGAAUGAGGCUCCAAAAUAUAUCAAAGAUCCGGAUGUGCGACUACUCGGAACUCUCAAAUUGCCACUUCCUGUGUACAAGCCAGGGCUGAGGAGGAAAGUAUGUGGACGUCUGAGUUUUGGAGCAACGGAAGUGAUCAUUUAA